GUUGACCCCACCGCCAUGGCCCGGCCGUGGCUCCAUCUCUUCAUCUGCCUCCAGAUCCCAGGUUUCUGUACAAAUCUACACUUAUCCCAGACUCCAAAGCAUAUUUUAGCCCUAACUAACAGCAAAACAAAAAUCCUGUGUGAGCUGAAGAAUGAGCAUGUUGGGGUGUACUGGUACCGCUGGAGCCAGGAGAGGCAACGUUUCGAGUUCUUGGUGUUUUCCAACCCGAUGGGCAAAGCCACGUACAGCACAAACAUCAGCCAGGGCAAAUUUAGUGUCCAUGGAGAGAAUUCCCACACCUCCUACAGCCUGCACAUCAACCACCUCCACCCCUCAGACAACGGCACCUACUACUGCUCCAUCUCCCAGUCAUCCCAGCUCUUCCUGGGCACUGGGACACAGCUCCAUGUGGUUGAUGUUUUGCCUCUGUCACCGAAGACCACUCAGGCACCACUCUCCAGAAAGCCCACACAGUGUGUAACUAAGAGCAAAGCUGCUGAAAAGAAAGGUGUCUGCAGCCCCCUGGUCUGGGUCCCCCUGGCCUUUGGUAUCCUGGUGCUCCUGCUGAGCCUGGUCCCUACAGCGUACCGCCUCCACCGUCUGCGGCGGAGGCUGUGGCUUCGCAUCCACAGGCAGUGA